AUGACUCAGCCCUACUACGCUGGCUCGGUGGACGAUCUAUGUCCCUCCUUCAAAAAACUCCGCAUCAGUAACCCUACUUCUAAAGGGUGGAGUAUUGUUCCCUUCAGCCCUUCCUGUAUCUUCAGAAAGCUUUCCCAUGGUGCCAUAGUGGAUUUAACUGUGCAUGAGAAACUAAAGAGAUCGCAACAUAUUUCAAUGCCCAUCAAGUUAUUAAAACAGCAAGAUAGGAAUUUAAUAAUGCUCACUAAACUCAAACUUCGCCAGUUGCCAAUUGAGGAUAUUCCUAAAGCUAAAAUUAAAGAUGAUGAUAAAGAUGAUGAGAUGAAUGUGGACUAG